AGCGCGCGCGCGCGCCGCCGCCGCUCGUGCCGCGUCAGGUUCUAUCUCCAACUUUCACUGAGUACCUGAACCUGUUGUGUAGGUCUGCUAAAAUUAGUAUUGUUAUUCUUUGAUACUUUGUUACUGUCGCUAUCCGGUUCUGCCGUCAUGCAUGGACUUGUAACUAGGCGUUUCUCAAACUUUGUUCGUGUUUUUGCCAAAAAUCAAAGCGCCAUCUGGAAGAUUUUUGUAAUUAAUUCAACAUGUUUAAAUACAAAGGUGUCGCAGCGACGGACGUUUUCACACAAGGAUCGCUCUUAUCCAAAAACAAACCUAUGCCCCAGAUCUGGAGUGGAAGACAUGCUUUUCUACACCAUCACUGAUGGAAAAGAACAAGUGCCAAUCUCAUACUUUACUGCUGCCCUUAAAAAAACAGGCCUGCAGCCAUCUGACCCCCGUCUGAAGGAGAGCACGGAGAAGCUGCGACAGGCUGUGAAGGAGUCUGUUGCUGAAGUCAUGAUGGACAGAGACCUUUUUCACAGGUGCUUUGGUGGUAAUGUUGUUCUACUGAUCCAGGCCUUCAGAAAGAAAUUUAUCAUCCCUGAGUUUGAUUCUUUUGCCCAAAAAAUAGACGAAAUCUACAAAACUGUGCAAAAACAAAGAGAUGGAAAGGUUGCAGACUACAUACCUCAGCUGGCCAAAUUUAGCCCAGAACUGUGGGGCGUGUCUUUAUGUACAGUGGAUGGCCAAAGGCACUCUGUUGGUGACACAAAGCAGCCAUUCUGCCUGCAAUCAUGCGUGAAGCCACUGCAGUAUGCCAUCUCUGUCCACGAGAGUGGAACCGAAGACGUUCACAGUUUUGUCGGCAUGGAGCCCAGUGGACUCAAGUUCAACAUGCUCUCACUUGAUGAAGAAGAUAAGCCACACAACCCCAUGGUGAACGCUGGCGCCAUACUGAUCAGCUCUCUUAUCAAGCCUCAUUCCAAUAAAGCAGAGAAGUUUGACAAUUUUAUGGAAUUUUUAAAAAAGAUGGCUGGCCAGGAAUACGUAGGUUUCAGCAAUGCCACGUUUCAGUCAGAAAAAGAAACUGGGGACAGAAAUUUUGCCAUAGGAUACUACAUGAAAGAGAAGAAGUGUUUUCCAUCAGGAGCUGAAAUGAUUGAUGCCCUGGACUUCUACUUCCAGCUUUGCUCCAUUGAGGUGACCUGUGAGUCAGGAAGUAUCAUGGCCGCCACGCUAGCCAAUGGAGGAAUCUGUCCAAUCACAGGCGAGCGAGUCCUGAGUGCUGAGGCUGUGAGAAACACCUUGAGCCUAAUGCAUUCAUGCGGCAUGUAUGACUUCUCUGGUCAGAUGGCUUUCCAUGUGGGGCUGCCUGCAAAAUCUGGGGUUUCUGGUGCAAUCCUACUGGUGAUUCCCAACGUCAUGGGAGUGAUGUGUUGGUCUCCCCCUUUGGACCGGGUUGGGAAUAGUGUCCGGGGAAUACACUUCUGUCAGGAGCUCGUCUCACAGUUUAAUUUCCACAACUACGACAACCUGAGGCACUUUGUGAAGAAGCAGGACCCUCGCAGACAGGACAGAGAUGACAGGAAUCAAUCUGUUUUUAACUUGAUGUUCGCUGCCUACAGUGGAGACGUCUCUGCUCUGAGAAGGUCUGCUCUUUCCUCUGUGGACAUGGAUCUGAAAGACUACGACUCGAGAACGGCACUACACAUUGCUGCAGCUGAGGGUCACACUGAUGUAGUAAAGUUCCUCACUGAAACCUGCAAAGCGAAUCCAUUCGUACAAGACAGGUGGGGAAACCUUCCGGUUGAUGAUGCCAUUCAGUUUGGACACGAGGACGUGGUCAAGGUGCUUUGGGAUUAUCAGCAAGACUGGAAACAGCGGAAAAAGCAGCCCGGUGAAACUGAGCACGCCCAGAAGCUGGAUACAUUCGAGGGCAUGGUGUGAUUCUUUAAACCGAGGCUUCAAACUGCAACAUGCCAGGACUUGUAUGCAUACAUAAAAUAUAGCAAUGCAUGCAAAGCAAUCUUCUGUUCAAAUUGCAUUUAAAACCACAAAGUUAUUCUGUUGCACUAUAUGAGAAAAGCAUGUUGGAAAAAGCAUCUGGCUGCAUAAAUACACCAGGAACAUUGUUAGAAUGUUCACUAUUAAUGAGUUAGAUUUGUAUAUUUAAUAGGUGUUUUAUCUGUUAACUUGGCAGAUGGAUUUAUGGAUGAUGAACUUGAUGCACGUAUACCAUGUCGACAGACUUUAACCUUUAGUCUGGCUCCGAUGGUUCUACCCAACGUUAGCUUGGGCCCUCCCCACCCUUUCUUUUGGAGAGGAAACUUCUUCCUGCUGUGGCCAUCAAGUUUUGUGUCAGCUUCAGUGCAAAAAUCCCACCACUGCUGCCAUUUUCUUCAACGAUCUUUAAAUAAGGACAACAUGUAGUCUCAACUUGAAGUUUUUUUAUUUUAUAAAAUUUUAUAUAAAUAAAUGUUUCUCAGGACUGUGACAUGAGUAUUUAGGUUUACCUUCAAAGCAUGAGAGCGUGUAUUUAUACAACGUUCAGAGUUUAUCAGAUCACACAGGAGCAGCGUCAGUAGAAAGUGCAGCUUGACCUGGCAUCAGAUAUGUGCUCUGUUACAAUCCUACUGUAGCUAGUAAAGAUACAUCUCUACAUCUUCUUUUUCCAUCACAUUUUACUUUUUUCAAUAAAAAAUCUAGAUUACAAAAAUUAUUUCAUUUAUUCUAAGAAAAAGAGAAGAAAUGUUCAUGAUUCCAGAAAUAUGUGUCACAGUUUUCCUUUGUAAAAGUUUAGUUCGGUGUCCGGAGUUGUUAAGAAAUAUUUCACUAUAUAUCAGACAGCAGUAGCUCAGGAGGUAGAGUAGGUUGUCCAGUAAUCGGAAGGUUGCAGGUUUCAUACCGGCUUCCGCCAGUGAAUGCUGCUGUUGUGUCCUUGAGCAAGACCCUAAACCCACCUUGUGUGUGUGAAUGGGUGAAUGAUUGACUGCGUUGUGAAGCGCCUUGGGGGGAUGCAGAGCCCUAAGAGGGCGCUAUACAAAUACAGGCCAUUUACCAUAUAUUUUAUGUUACACAUAAACAUUUUCAUGUUGGUUUUAUUUAUUAGCUUUUCUGCCACCUUUAAUUAGAUUUUGGUUGAUUUCAUCAGCAACAUAAUUGAAACACAGAAUGAAAUAACGAAGCUGUGGGGGAGGUGCUCAUUACUGAACAGCUUUAGAUGCUAUCAGGCAAGAGCCUUUUUGAAUAAUAUGUCUUUGAAAAUAUGAAUGUGUGGCUGGAGAGGCCAUUACAGCUCUAACUCUCCUUUCUGGCAUUGCUUUGGUUGAAUGUGAGGUUAAUUACCGUUGGCAUGUUCUCUCUCUGCUGACCUGGCCCAUGCAGCUAAUGAUGGCUGAGACUUGGAUAAAUACCAGGCACCAGCUGUCUGGUGGGUUUCAGUUUUUCAUGAUUCCAUCAGGUGGCGCUGUGGACCCAUCAAACAAACAUCUCUGUGGAGCAUUUGGGAGCUUAUUAAAAGACUGACCUAAUGCUGAGAAGACCCGCAAGGACCUGAUAAACUUGUACGUUUCCUAAACCUUUAGGUUAAUGAGUGACAGACUGGUGCUCGCUUCAUUUUCUAUAAGUUAUCAUAGCAAACUGACUGAUUCUUUGGCAGUCACUGUGUGUUUACAGAAGUCACCAGGUUACCCAUGAAAUCUGCUUUAUGAAGAGGAGUUACUUUUUUCCUGCAGUAAUUAUAGUUUUGCAACAAGGCCACAUCCUGAGCUAAAUAGAUUGGUUGUCAUUAAUCUGAUUUAUGUUUGUGGGUGAUUUGAGCUGAGGCCAGAACACGAAGCCACGAUGAAUGAUGAAGUGGCUUCUGGGUAAAUGACAGGAUGGUGUCUUUUUCUCAAAUUAAUGAAGCUAUUUAUGUUCUUACCAACAGUUUUUGGAUAAGAAAAAACAGCAAAGAAAUGUUAGAAAUCUUAUCUAAAACAGGAUUGCUUGAGAUUGUCGAACACUCAUGUUGAAAUUCACUAUUGUGGUAGUUAGUUAAUUUCAUGUCACUUUGGACCAAAAUAACAGAUUUUUUUAUUACUCCAUUGUUUUGAUGGCAUUUAUACAUCCACCCAUUUUCAGCCGCAUAUCCGGAGUUGGGUCGUGGGGGCAGCAGCCUAAGCAGAGAGGUCCAGACUUCCCUCUCCCCAGCAACUUGGGCCAGCUCUUCCAGGGCAAUCCCAAGGUGUUCCCUGGCCAGUUGAGAGUCCUAGUCCCUCCAUCGUGUCCUGGGUCUUCCUUUCAGUCUCCUCCCGGCUUGGAAAACCUCACCAGAUCCUCGAGCCAACUCAACUAGCUCCUCUCCACGUGGAGGAACAGCAGAUCUACUCUGAGCCCCUCCCGAAUUGUUUAUGUUUAUUUAUUUAGCAGACGCUUUUAUCCAAAGUGACUUAUAAUUUAUAACCUAUAGGGCAUGUUGUGAAUUGUUAUAAUUAAUGCACUAACACGCUCAGCCAUGUGACAAAAUAAUGCACGUAAAAAUCCUAUCCUAUGUGUAUAAAUGUAAAUAAUAAUGUUCUUUCCUGAGGGUUCAAACAAUUCAAAUGUGUGUUUUGUAAAUAAGAUGCUGCUGUUUCCAAAGAAUAAAAUGAAAUUCUGAUGACAUAA